CUUUUGCUCGCUGUUAUUCUCUUCGGUCUGACAAGAUCCAGGCUGUUGUUCAACAGCGCAAGCAUGCAUUCGAGAAGGAUCGGGUAAAUUCACUCUCAAUCUCUUUUUUUUGAAACUAACAUCUUGACAAAUCCAGUUUUUCAGAUUCCAUGACUCAAAAACUUAAAUCCCUAUAGGACCUGAUCCUCAAGGUCAUGGGUACCCUCCCUUCACCUCGAGAGGCUCGCCAGUUCCUCUCUAGGUUCACCUUACCUGCCCCAGUCCAGAAAACAUCAUUGACUUCUUCAACCCACCUUGCUGUGUCAGGUACAGACUCAUCUCCUAGCUCCAACAAAACCUUUGUCGACUCGCUCCUUUGGCCCACAGACCAUGUUGCUCUCAUCAAACUUGAGGGGCCGUUUGAGCACGAUAAUCUGAUAGCAAUUGCCAACACCCUUGUGCAAUUACAACGACUCGGCCUCAUGAGUGUAGUUAUGUUAGAUAAUCAAACUUGGUGGCGACAUCAAAGCCCGCAUCUAAAUGACGCGUUGGUGUCUGGAUCUGAUCAAUCCGCCGAAAUACGCAGGCGGAUGAUGAAUGAUAUGGCUGAUGUCGUAGAGGAGAUCGAAAGGUCCGGCGGCCGUGCGCGGCCCAUAUAUGACGGCGUUUUUGAGGAUGCGAAAACUUCGCCGCAGCAGUCCCAUGUUAUUUCGGAACGGAUAGUAGUAGCCGACACCGCUGUGGAUCACGUUUUAAUCCGACCUGGCUCACGAAUAAUAGAAUCGUGUCUGAAGUUAAGACAAAUACCCGUUAUGAUCCCCAUGGCCACGACUGCUCAUUCGCAUCGGCUACCGGUUCAGAGCAACAAAGCUCUUGUAGCUCUUGCCAAAUAUAUGGGUAGCACUGUCAACGAGGCAUCUCAGGGGGCGGGUCACGGUUCCUUGGUUCCAAUGCGACUCAUUGUGAUCAACACAAGUGGAGGCUUCCCUCUGACCCGUGCCAAAGGCAUUAGUGGCCCUACUCACUGCUUUGUAAACCUGAAGGAUGAAUACGAUGCCAUCACGGAUGAUUUGGCCAACAUGAACCACAUCCCAGAGGAAUUGGCUAAAUCCUAUCGAUCAGAUUUGGAUAUGAUCCGGGAUUGUUUGGCAUACUUGCCUCCUUCAUGUUCGGCUCUGGUCACUUCUUCUCCAUCACUUACACUCAUCACCAACCUCAUCACGGACAAGCCUUUAUUUUCCUCGACUAUGAGAGGACAGGACCCUAAAGUCAUGCUUGCCACGACUGUAUUACGUAAUGGACUGGAUAUUUUUACGUUUCAGAAUAAUCUUCAAGGCAUGGAUCUGAAAAGGCUCCAAAGCUUGUUAGAGACAAGCUUCGGCAAGUCUUUAGACGCAGAUGGAUUCUAUGCUCGCAUUCAGGACAGGAUAGAGGCAGUGAUAUUGGCUGGAGAGGACUAUAUGGGUGCAGCAAUUGUGACAAGGGAAGGUGGCGAUGUAUCGGGAAAGGGUGAAAAGACAGAGACGCAUACCUUGGCUAGUGUGGCCUAUUUGGACAAGUUUUCUGUUGCUCCUAAGAGUCAAGGAAUUGGCGUGGCCGACAUUUUAUGGAAGAAGCUAACGGACCAAUUUCCAGACCUUGUUUGGCGUAGUCGAUCCGACAAUCCUGUCAACAAAUGGUAUUUUGACCGUGCAGAUGGUCAUAUCAAAAUCCCAGGUACCAAUUGGACCGUUUUUUGGUAUGGACCAAAGGGCUUAGGGUUGAUGUCCGACUAUAUUGAGAUUUGCCGCGGUAUUCCAGCAUCAUUUCUCCCAAAACCUCUUCUGGAGAUACAAAAGUAAAAUAUCAAUAUCGAAUUUUAUUGUUAAUUAGGUUAUGAUUAGUCUAUGCUACAAUGGG